AUGAUGACACUUCCGUGCCUCCCGGAGAGCUUCAAUGGCGUCUCCUUGUUUGGAGCCGAGGUCCUCUCCAUCGCGGCAAGCCUCGUCACCAAUCACACCGUCUCAGUCCCUAUCUCGGACCGGUUCACCCAGCCGCCGGUCGAAGUGCAGAACGCGACCUUCUGCAACGUCACGGUGACUUACACGCACCCCGGGCAGGGCGACACUGUUGCCGUCGAGGCCUGGCUUCCCCCGGCGGGCGGAUGGAACGGGCGGCUUCAGGCCGUGGGCGGUGCCGGGUGGGUAGCGGGACGCAGCGAUCUUACCGCCGUCGCCAUGGCCGGUGCCGUGAGUGACGGCUACGCCACGGUAACGACAGACGCUGGUCUGCAGGGCGCUCAGGACUCGGAGGUUCCGUGGGCACUGCUCAGCCCCGGGAAUGUGAAUCUGUACGCCUUACAGAACCUCGCAUCGGUGUCCUUGGACGAUGAGGCGAUCAUUGCGAAGUCGCUAAUCAAGGCAUAUUACGGCCGCGGGCCAGACUACUCCUACUGGAAUGGCUGUUCUCAGGGCGGUCGGCAAGGCCUCAUGCUCGCCCAGCGCUAUCCGACGGCGUACGACGGCAUCGCCGCAGGCGCUCCGCCACUCCACUGGACAAACAACCUCCUCGCCAUGCUGUGGCCACAGCAGUUCAUGAGCAUGCUCGGCGAAUAUCCCUACCCGUGCGAGAUCCAGGCGAUCACGGCAGCCGCAACAUCGGCCUGUGAUGGACUGGACGGCCUUGUCGAUGGCGUGAUCAACGAGAUGGAGGAGUGUCUAGCCAGCUUCGAUCCCUUUGGGAUGGUUGGACAGGCCAUCACCGAUUGCGCCGAGACCUCCGAGAUAAGCCAGACUGCCGCGGCCGUCGUCAACGCGACGUGGCAGGGCAUGCGCACCUCGCAGGGCACACAUGCAUGGCCGGGGCCCAACCCAGGUACCGAUCUGGCCAUUGGAGUCGCCAAUACUGAUUGUGCUUCGGGAUCCUGCGUAGGCGUGCUGCCAGCUGUUGCUGUGCCAUGGGUGACUCAAUACAUCGCCCGGGGUGCCGAGUUGGACCUGACCAACUUGACCCACGCAGAGUUCGACGAGCUAGUGCAUCAGGGUCAGCAGAGGUACAGGUCCAUUAUCGACACCGACGAUGUUGACUUGUCCGCCUUCCGCGAUGUCGGCGGAAAGCUGGUCACAUAUCACGGGCUGAUCGAUCAACUGCUCCCUCCCCAGGGCACCCUCAAGUACUACGACGGAGUUUCGGCCCUCCUCCCAGACGUCCAUGACUUUUACCGGCACUUCGAAGUACCCGGAAUGGGCCACUGUUCUGGAGGAGGACCGAGCGGAAACCCGAUCACCCUCUUCGACCAACUGCGCGCCUGGGUUGAGAACGGCACUGCGCCGGACAGCGCCCCGGUUCGAGUCACCGACUUGGAGGGUACUGUGGGAGAGCGUAUCUUGUGCCCGUACCCGCAAAAGGCCAUCUUUGAUCAGGAUUGCGGCGCUGCGGGCGAGGGGCGGUGUUGGUCGUGCAAAUAA